AUGAAAGAAGAACUUGAUGCCAUAGAGAAAAACAAGACUUGGAAGCUGACAGAAUUUCCAAAGAACAAGAAAUCCAUCAGCGUGAAAUGGGUUUAUAAGGUGAAGCUAAAGCCAUAUGGAUCAAUUGGAAAACACAAAGUAAGUUGUGAACAUGAGAUAUUUAAGUUCAAGAAGGAGCUGAUGAAUGAGUUUGAGAUGACUGAUAUAGGAAAUAUGAAAUUGGAUUCUGAUUCUGAUGGUGAUGAUGCAGGUGCGACAAUGUUUAAGCAGUUGGUAGGUUCUCUGAGGUAUUUAUGUAAUACAAUACCUGAUAUUUUCUAUGUAGUUGAAAUGGUGAGUAGAUUUAUGAGUAAACCGAAGUGGUCUCAUUACCAAGCUGCUGUCAGAAUUCUGAGGUAUAUAAAAGGAACUCUGAAGUAUGAAGUUUUGUUCCCUUCUGGUGCUGAAACUGACUCAGAACUUCUGAGUUACUCAGAUUUUGAUUGGUGUGGAGACUGA